UCUUCAAUCUCUGGUUCAGCAGAGAUCAUACUCUGGUGGUAGAGUGUAGGUAAAAUAACAGUUUACGUGAAAUAGCAUUUCAGAGCUGUUUACUUUCGAAUACUUGUACUUAUUUACUACAUUUAAUUUAAUUCUGUCUGUAUAGAUAGGUCCUUCAGAAGCACUUAAUAUUGUWUACCAAAGAAAUGGUGAUGGAGAAGCCAAGUCCCCUGCUUGUAGGGCGGGAGUUUGUGAGGCAGUAUUAUACACUCUUAAACAAGGCACCAGAUUUUCUCCACAGGUUUUAUGGGAGGAAUUCCUCUUAUGUUCAUGGAGGACUUGACCCAAGUGGGAAGCUGGCAGAAGCAGUGUAUGGGCAAGCGGAAAUCCACAAGAAGGUAAUGUCUCUGCAGUUCAGCGAGUGCCACACAAAGAUCAGACACGUUGAUGCUCACGCCACGCUGAGUGAUGGAGUUGUGGUACAAGUCCUUGGAGAGCUGUCGAACAACGGUCAACCUAUGAGGAAGUUCAUGCAGACGUUUGUGCUUGCUCCAGAGGGUUCGGUGGCAAACAAGUUCUAUGUCCACAACGAUAUCUUCUGCUAUGAGGACGAGGUUUUCGGAGACUCUGAGGCUGAGCUUGAUGAAGAAUCAGAGGAGGAAGUUGAGGAGGAACCGGAAGAAAGGCAGCCAUCCCCUGAACCACUUCAGGAAAGCCCCAACAGCACCAGCUACUAUGAACCUCACCCUGUUGCAAAUGGGGUAGAGGAGCCCAUGGAUGAGCCAGCUCCAGAACCGGAACCAGAACCUGAACAAGAGCCAAAAGCAGAAGAGAUAAAGCCUGAGGGAGAUGAAAAGGUCAUGGAAGAAAUGGAGGAGAAGGCACCUUCACCUGCGCCUGUAGAGUCUCCACCAAACCCCCAGGAGCCUCCCAAGCCUUUUUCCUGGGCUCUGGUGACCAGUAAAAACCUGCCUCCUUCUGGCUCAGUCGCCUCCUCUGGAAUCUCACCACAUGUUGUUAAAGGGACAAGCUCACAGCCCAGAGUUGAAUCCAAGCCGGAGACGCAGACGACACCUCUUCGUCCCAGAGACCAGCGCACCCGUGACAGACCCACUUUCACCCAGCGAGGCCCCAGACCUGAUGGUGUUGGAUCAUCAGAGUCACAAACGGGAAAAUCACACUUAAGUUUUGUUAACAAAGGUGGCAGGAGCGAUCCAGAAUCUGGUGAUCUGGACACCAGGAGAAUUGUAAGAUACCCUGACAGCCACCAGCUGUUCGUCGGCAACCUCCCACACGACAUUGACGAGAACGAGCUCAAGGAGUUCUUCAUGACGUAUGGAAAUGUAGUCGAACUGCGAAUCAACACCAAGGGGGUCGGUGGAAAGCUGCCCAACUUUGGAUUUGUGGUUUUUGAUGACCCUGACCCUGUGCAAAGGAUCCUUGGGGCGAAGGUAGAAGGGCCCAUCAUGUUUCGGGGAGAAGUGCGUCUCAAUGUGGAGGAGAAGAAGACGAGAGCUGUGCGCGAGCGAGAGAUUCGUGGCGGGGACGAGCGUCGGGACAUGAGGCGCAGCGAUCGGGGCCCCGGAGGUUCACGAGGCGUCGUGGGAAGUGGAAUGAUGCGUGAGCGUGACGGGAGGGGACCACCCUCCCGAGGCGGCAUGGCCCCCAAACCUGGCAUGGGCUCUGGGAGGGGCACCAGCGGCCAGGGAGAGGGCCGCUUCACGACCCAGCGUCGCUGAGAAGAAAUCGUAUCAUGUUCUUCACCCUGAACCGUUCUCAUUAAUGAAAAGAAAUCGUCAUGUAUAAAGUAUAUAUUUGGUGUUUACUUUUUUUUUAUUGUUUCUUUUCCUCUUUGCUUUGGAAUGUGACAGCCUGUCAACAGUUUGUUUGUGAAAUAGACCAAACAAAUAAGCAAACAAAAAUACAUGUUGCUUAUUAGUUGUGAUCUGAACAUCAUUUUUUUUGGGGUAUCUUGGGAAUUCAAUCCUAAAUUUGUCCAUUUGUGAAUAAAGGCAAACCACCCAGGACUAGUCUGCCACAUUAGGAGGGACUGAAAAGACUUUAAACUUCAACAAAACAGCCCAUCAUUUUGAGAAGAGAUUAUAUACCUUGACUUCUGAUUCAUAAGAGUCCUCGAUUGCACAAUUUAUAUUGUAGUUUUCUGCCCAUUACUGUUGGACAAGAGCAAAAUGCAAAGUUUGUGCAGUUCCAGAGGAAAAGCUCGGCUUUUACUUUUUUCCCCUCCCUUUUUUUGAAAGACCACUGCUUGAAAAUUGCAUAAUGCACUCACCGAUAUGCACUAAUGGGUACUCGUGUUACGUUGGCGUCCAUGCUCCGAACACAGCUGGAGGGACCUUUAUGUUAAUGUGACACAAUGUUCCAGGACAGGUCUCCAUCACAGCCUGGCUGCUGUGACCAAUGUACUUCUCACACUUUUGACCCAAACCUAAGCUUCAGCCACUGCUGGAUGGACAAGCUGAUGAGCAAAUCAACAUUUUUUUAUCUGUCAUUUUUAAAUCAAAAGUUCAGCUUCAGGACUUUGACCAAAUGAGAACUCUGGGGACAGAAGACGAACAAUAGAAAGCGAUAAUGGCUCAGUUUUUUGUUUUGUUUUUAUUCCAGUUUUUUUUUCCAGCCAGCUUGACUGUGGCACUGGGAUGAGCAUAAUCUUUCCUCCUUCCCUCCCUCCUUGUCUCGAGUGCAGAGUAACAAAUAAAUGUACAGCAAAAAAAAAAAAAUCAUAGUUUAGUAUGUUUUGCUUUUUCUGUGUAUAAUUUUUAUUUCUCGGCUUGAUACAAAAAGCAUGAUGGUGCCUUCAAUUUCACCUUUUCGAGUCUUACUGAAGUGCAAAGCGGUUCGAGGCUCGCUGCCUCCUGGUGUCCAGAGCUGCUUGUUUUGAACUCUUAUUCUGCUGAGGGCAGAUUGAAAUAACAGUAUUCAUAAGAUUUGUUUUUUCAGGUUUGUUUUGUUCUGUAUCAUUUUAUUAUUUGAGAUGGUCUGCUGUGAGCUUGCUUUCCCUGUAAUUCUGAAUUUUGUAGAAACUAAAGUUGCCUCCUGUUCAGGGAAAAAGUGCAUCUAAAGAUUAUGCCCCCCCCCCCCCACACACACACACACACACACACACUUUAAAACGACAGAUGGUACGUUUAAAAAUGGGAAAACGAUCGGUCUUUGGUUUAACGUGGAGAUUCUGCGUUUCGUUAAACUAAACUUUUGGAAAGUGUUAAUGUUUCACAAGGUAAAUCGGACUCUGUUGAACCUUUCUUGGAUAGUGUUUUUAUUUUUUAUCUUUUCUGCACAUCAUCGCAGCACUCGGGUUAAUCAUUGGACUCAAGAGUUGUUUGCUUUUUCUUACAAACAAUUUUGUACCGAUUUGUGUGGUUCGGCUGACCAAAGCUGCGGCCAUCACUCAAGUAAAUAAUUGUGCACACUUUUUCUAUUGUCAAUGCAUUUGUAUUUUCAUAUGCUGAUUAUUCACUGUGCUUAUUUUAUUUUAAUUUGUUUUUUCUAUUUAAGUCAAGGUUAUAACAGUUGAAUUUGUUGGCUCCUCACUUGUCUCCUAGGAUUUGUUUUGGUUUUAACUUUCUGUAGGGAGGAAAGACUUUGAUUUCAGCUAGAAAAAGAAAACGUGAAAGCUGUUUCUGUUCUGGUUAUUUUGUUAUCUUGCACUGAAAUGGGAAGUAAAAUUACGAUGUAGCAUUUUUCUUGACAAGUAUACCAAGGUCUUCCUUGUUUGGUGGUAUUGCACUAUUUCCAAUAGUCCUGGGACAAUCCGUCGCUCUAAAAGAAAGGCUUUUACAACAACGAAAAACUGCUCAGCAUUAAAUGUUUGGCCUAAGAUACCUAAAGGUAGUGUUUACUUUUCCCCUUUGAGAUCAUUUUAGCCUUCAGAUAGCUAUUGAUGAGCCAAUGUUACAGAAAAAUGUACUCCUUGAGUGUCAAAAUUCUCUUAUAUUCAUGGCUGUUUCUUAACCCGGCCAGUUUACUGCAGUGAUCAAAGAGAGCGGUGAAGAAGAGCCAUCAUGCUUUCAGACCAAUGUUGGGCUUUUUCAUGUUAUUAGUGGAAACAUGUUUAGAAACGCAGUCAGGUAAUUGUUAUUUUUUUUCUUCGAGAUAUUAAAGAAUUCAUCCCCUACCCACACUGUAAAGGAUCCUCACAAGAUAAUGGAAGGUUGCAAGUUCUUUUUCCUGUGUUAAAACUACAAACAAUGCAUCUCAUUGUGAAUCAUUCCAGUCCUUUGAGUGGAAAUAGAAAAGUAUCGUCUUGGCUUUAGCAGGUGUGGUAAACAGCUGGCUUCCAUCUUAGUUUUUACCGUGUUUACCUUUGUUGUUGGUACAAAUUGUUGCCCCUCCUCCCUUAGUUUAGAUUUUUUUUCCUUUUACAUUUUGAAUGUGUUGGAUUUAACAUAAAAUAAACUACUGAUAACAGCA